AUGGAUGCGCUUAUGAGUGGGAUGAGUGGUGGGAUGGAUAUGGCUUCGAAUAGUAUGUUUAGGACUUAUAAUCAGAAGUUGGCGUUGGGGUAUUGGUAUAUUAUUGCGGGAUUUGUGGGUGCGGUACUAUUGUGUAGGGGGUUUGAGAUGUGGAGGGAUUGGGAUAGACUUCGGAGAAGCCAGACAAUAUCUCUAAAAUAUCCAACCAAACCUAGUAACCGGCUUCAGGAGAUGUACGCCACAAUUACCGCCAUAUUUCGAGAAAUAUCAUAUCCCCAGAUUCACAUCUCAACUCCUUAUCUCUCAUGGCUAUCUCCUCCCUCGUCAGGUCGUACGAUCCUUCUCCUUUGCUAUUGGGCAAUCCUAAUCUUCAUGAUGACAUACAACGUCACUAUAAACGACGCAUACUACUACGAACGCAUUGGAUUUCGCGGCGCCUGGAUCUCGGUCACACAAGUUCCGCUUAUUUAUCUACUUUCUUCAAAGUCGAAUGUCAUUGGAGCUUUGAUCGGAAGUUCUCACGAGAGACUGAACUGGUUUCAUCGUUGGGUUUCGAGGACUUUACUUCUUACCGUUACGGUUCACGGCGCCUUCUUCUUUCGGGAAUGGGUUCGAGCUGACUUUGUCGCUUUUGAGCUUAGUCUCAUGCCCAUGUUAAAAUAUGGGAUGGGCGCAUGGGGUCUCUUGCUUUGGACCACCUUAAGUUCCUUGAGUCCACUGAGAAGGAUGGCCUAUGAAGUCUUCGUGCUGCAACACAUUGCUUGCGCGGGAGUAUUUUUGUGGCUGUUGUACAUCCAUGUACCUGAGUACGCUAGGUAUAACAUAUGGUUUGCUAUAGCUGCUAUAUCAUCUGAUUGGAUUCUCAGAGGUAUCCUACUGGUUGUCAGAAAUUUCAGAGUGAAGGUCGUCGGAGCAGCUUGCAGAGGAAUGCAAAGGAUCGGCCACCAGGCAGAGUUACAAGCUUUGAGUGACGAUAUAACUAUAAUCAGUAUCAAGGAUGCACCCUUCACGUGGCAAGCAGGUCAACAUAUGUAUCUUUGGCUUCCGCGGCUUGGUCUACUUGAGACUCACCCUUUCACCAUUGCGAGUCCAUAUCAGACGUCGAAUAAGUGUCAUUGCAAUGAGAUCCAACUUGCAAUUCGGGCUCAGAAGGGAUUUUCGAGAAGGAUACAUAAUUAUGCAUCGAAGAUGCAACAACUCGAUAAGACGGCUGUUUUGACGGCAUUUGUAUCGGGUCCUUAUGGUGUACCUCCAAAUUGGAACUCUUACGAGACUAUUCUUCUCAUCUCCGCUUCCACUGGUGCAUCUUACACUCUCCCCAUCCUCGAAUCCAUUCUUCACAACCCUGCACCAACAUGUGUGCAGCAGAUUCAAUUCCUUCUUGUUGUCCGCGAACGCAGCCACAUCGAAUUUUACACGAAACGACUAGCAAGUGCCCUUAGCCUUGCCUCCAAGAAGGGUAUCCAACUAGUUGUGAAAAUUGCCGUAACAGGCGAUGACGGAGCAUCAAUGACCAGCUCCAAGAUCGAAGAAGGAAGAGCCGGAUAUCAAGCCAGAGACGAAGAGAAGGAAGAAGGAGAAACAAUCAUCAAAUCCAGUGCAUCUAGCUCUUCAUCCGAAUCAAGAGCAUGCUGUUGCAACCCACGAUCUAGCGGAACAGCAAACGACGACGAUGACCUAUCCAUCCGAAGUUCCAAACGCCAAUCCUACACCGAUGAAAAGAAAACCGACGACACAACCUCCUACAUCACCACGCAACAAAUCUCUCGCUCAUCAGGGGACUCCCCACAAUCCCAAUCCAAACCCGACACAAAUCGAUGUUGCUGCGCCCAGACCCCAAACCAAGAGAAACCCACAAAAGAAAAUUCACCGAGGAAAGGAAGAGAUAUGGAUAUCAUAUACACAACAGGCAGACCAGAUAUAAGACAAUAUAUCCGAGGACCAGUCGAAGUCACGGGGGGAGAAACGGCUAUUACGGUUUGUGGGGGCAAGAGUUUGGUGGCGAAGGUGAGGAAUGAGACGGCGGGGUUGAGUGAUGAGAGGGCGGUUCAUAAGGGGACGGGCGCGAAUGGCAUAUUUUUGCAUGUGGAGGAGUAUUGUUUUUGA